UUUCAGAUAAACUCCGAAGCUGAGCCUGCUCCAGUUAUGUUGAGCUAACCCUGCACUCCCCUGUAGAAUUCCGCCAAAACUCGUGCACGCGUAUUGUCCACAUCGCGCGUGCGAACGGGACUCGCGCGUGGAAGUUAGAACCUCACGAGUGAAAAUAUACAUGGUGAGAAGGUCAUUUGUACACUAAGAGCAAACUGUGUCUGUGAGCGCACAAGGAUGUGCACAAGUGACAAACCUGCGUGCGCGCAUUGGCCAACGAGCACACAGUAGAGGAAAACGUGCACGCGGCAGCCUUUCUGCGCGCUCGGUUUCUGAUUCUGCUCGCUCGGCUGUUGGGAGUUUUGGCACUCUGGAGGCGUGGAAGAAUUAAAAUGCCAGAAAUUGAGCACUUGAACUUUCAAUUUGAGAGCAGAAUUUCAUAUCAAGUGAUCAACUUUUUAUUUUGAGAAUAAGAUUUUAUAUUAUUGCUCUCAAAACUUGUAAUGCUUGCACUCAAAAUGUCUGCUCUCUUUCAAAUUCACUCUGUUCUCCUUCAAAUAUUUUUCUGCGCUCAGAUUUAACCUUCUUACACUGGUAUUGUCUUCUCUCGUCACAACUUUUUCUCUGCACGGAUCAAAACUCCUCCCACAAGUCUGUCCCCUGCUCUCACGGAUUUGUCUGCUCUGUACUUCCAAGUUUUGAGCAAAUCUCCCAGCAACCGCUCAGCCAAUAGAAAGACUUGUGGGGCUGGGCGGGAACAAACCUCUUUGGGGUGCGCUCGUUUUGACGCUCUGUAGAUUUUCCUGUGGCUGCCGCAAGUGUAUGUUAAGUGAGGAUCAUUAUUUUAUAACCAGAUACAGCUGCUCUGUUUCUUUUUAGUUUAAUUCAACUGAGUUGAUUUAGCUUCUUUCCUGCUCUCAAAAUGCAUUUUUGGUUGUCCAUUUAAAUGUUUAAAAUUUUACCACCCAACAACCCCAUGUCACACUUUACACACCACUGUCGGGCCUUCAGCUCCCUUUCCACCACUGUGCUCUGAAAUCCAUCUUCCCCUCAUCCUGUAUUCCAUCAGCAACAUUGUAUACAUUCUAUGUACCCUUUUCAUGCUUAUAAUUCAAAUGCCCAGUGUGAGAAAAUUAAACAUUAUAUAUAUCUUUGACUAAAACAAAAAAUAUAUGCACAUCUGACAGUCAUAUAGCUUUAUCUACCGACAAAUUUAAUAGAUUUGUUUUAUUCAGUUAGCUUGUUAGAUCCACUUUUUGUUUUUGAAAUUGGACACCUUGUUUUACAGAAAACUAAUAUUUUUGUUGAUACUUGUUAAUAUUCCCUUUUUUUCUUCCUUAGGUUGGAAUGCAGUGCAAGCUUUGCAAAUUUGACCACCCCAGUCAGGAGGUCCUCUUGAAGCAUUACAGAUUACACCACUAUCAAGGACGACCUUGGCAGCUGCCUUGUUUGUACACGGAUUGCUUCUGCACUUUUAAAACAGAAGAAUAUGCGUCUACGUGUGGUGUUGGCUGCAGACAACAUUAGAAGGUUGGAUAUUUCUGAAGAUGUCUCUUCAGUUGAACAACUGGAACAAAUUCUUAAGGAAAAGCUGGAAAUCAAGGAUAACUUUCAGAUUCAGUUUGAGGACCCAGAGUUUGGGAAUGAACUUUGUAAUUUGACUAAUAUAACAGAACUUCCACCUGAUAGAGCAGUACUGAAGAUCAUCCAAAAACCAUUAGAUACAGAUGUACAGAGUCAUGCUUCCUCUUUGGACCCAUCCAUUACAUCUUCCUCAUUAAAUACCCCAACUUGCUCAAGUCAAGAUCCUGUGUCUUUGACAGUCAAACAACGUGAGGCUUUGCCAUGGCCAUCUUUCUUUGUGAUUCCUGAGUUUGCUUAUGAUGUUGAACUACGCCUAGAAAAAGCAAAUAAGGAAUAUAAAGAAAAUGGAAAGCUUCUUCUUACAAUGUCAAGAGAAAUUAAGAUGGAUAUACUGGCUACCAUAGCUCAAACAGUUUUUGCAUUCAAGGCUUAUCCAACCAAACAAGAGUUGGAGUCAGUGGCUUCUGCACUGAUUGAGAAACACCCUUGUCUUAGAGAUCCAGGUCCUGGACCUGGCCAUCAUAGCUGGACUAUGAGCAUAAUAUAUAAGAUGGGUAACUACCGCCAGAAGCUACAGUCCGCUGGUUGCUCAGAAGUCCUUGUGAACCGUAAAAGGUCAAAACAUGACUCUAGACCUUUAAAGAAAGCCAAGAGGUGUGAGGUCAAUUUCCUUCCAGACAACCCAACUGGACAGACAGAUUCUUCCCUCCAAAAAGAAAAAGAUGAACUUAAAGAAGAAAUGCAGAAAAAGCAUCCAAACAUGGCAGCUGUCAAGUCCAAGAUGGAACUAACAUUUUCACUUAGAAGAAAAGAGAUAGUUUCUGAAGAACCUCUGGUGGAUGAUGUCUUAAAACAGUGGCCAGCAUUGUUUUUACCUGAUCAGGUAUGUGCUGAGUUUUUCCGAAUUACCCGAACUAACCUGACAAGCAGAUUCUUCACGUCUUUGGAUGAGUAUGCACCAAAAAUGAUUAAAGUGUACCGUGCAAGUGGUGCAGCUUGUGGAGAAGGCAUGAAGAGCCUUUUAGAAAAACUUGAUGACCAAACAUCUGAUGUGCUCAGCUGCAGAAAGGCUACUGCUCUUAGAGGUCUGCCCAUGUUUAUGGAUAAACAUUCUGGGAGCCUUCUGAAAGAUUGUCUGGACACAGAGCCAGUAGAAGAUCAGAUUAACUCCAUGAAGAUGGGAAUCUUGACCGUUAUUGAAGACGAUGUUGCCACCGUCCAGUCAAGCCCAAACAUAAGGUUCUUUGCUGUUGUGCUGGAAGAACAGAUUGUUGUGGAUGAAGUAAGUGACCUACCAACUGCUUUUGCUCUCCUCUUUGGCCUCAUCUAUGCCCUCAACAUGGACUACCCCAAGGAACUAAAAUACACUUUUGAGACCAUUCAAAAAGUGUUCAUGUGCCUUGAUCCCAAAUGCUCAGCAAGAGUCCAGUCCUUCAAAAACAAGCUGUUACAGUAUUGACAUUCUAAUGUACCGGUCUCUUCCAGUCAUUUUCAUGGUUCUAAAUGUUAAUGUUUUUAUUCUCACGUUUGUAAGUUCACCAUGACCAGUGAAGUUUUCUUGUUCUCUAACAUUUUUGCUACUUUUGUAGUUUAUCGCUGCAACUGAUUGUUAGUAGUUUCAUAUUACUUAUGGCGGCAUGUAUAUGCCUUCAAUGAAACAAAUUAAUUGUAACUCAAGUGUUACUUAGCUGUAUCACCACAUUUCAGAUUCAUGUGAUUUAAAAUGUUGAAAUCAGAUUGGCAUCAAAGCUUUUGUAAAAUUAAUCUUCAGCAUCCAAUAUCAAUUCUGAUGAUUUGUCUUAGUUUCGAACAGAAAUAUGUCUUCAUUUUCAGGUCAAAAUAACCUGGUACUGGGUGAUAAUUAUUAAUUUUAUCUUGUCUUUAUUGCUGAAGCAGUUAGAGCUUUACCUUUUCAAAGAUACUGGAAGUUUGCAUGUAUAGGCUGUAAGAAAGUAUGUUACAACACUUACAGCAACUUCUUAUAUUUGCCAUGUUAUCAGUUUAAGUGGCUGAUAUAUUUUAUUGUAGUGUUAAUGCUCCUGUAUUGGUAAUGAGAUUUUGAAUUUUACACAUUUUGUAACUUUUUUUAAAUGUGCCAUUAGCAUGUUAAUAAAUACAUGCAUGA